AUGUUUCCAAUUUCAGCAAUGAAGCAGGGCAUUGGAGCUAGUGGUAAAUCAGUCAACUUCCUUCUGGCUGAUUCACUAGAUGACUUAAGUGCAAAGAUUUCAAAACUACCUGGUCCUAUUAAGCAUGCCAAGAGGUUGAUAGGUAGGAGAUUUAGUGAUGCCUCUGUGCAGAGUGACAUCAAAUUGUGGCCCUUCAAAGUUAUCUCCGGACCAGGUGAUAAACCAAUGAUAGUAGUCAACUACAAAGGUGAAGAGAUGCAAUUUGCAGCUGAGGAAAUCUCUUCUAUGGUUUUAAUUAAGAUGAAAGAAAUUGCUGAGGCAUUUCUUGGUUCAACUGUAAAGAGCGCUGUGGCAGGGGAUCCUCUGUAUGUUGUGCUGUGCUGUUGGCUGGCUGUAGUUGGAGCUGGUUUGCUCACAUCUUCAGUCUUUAGAUAUCCUGUUCGUGAUAGAGCAUUAGUUUUCAUGUUUAUUUACAUUUCCAUGUACCUCGAAGAUAGGGAGGUCGAGGAUCUGAUAGUUUCAGUAAAUCUUUUAGAUUCUUUCCAUCCUUCUCUAUUACGGUUAACAGGAUUUGGGCUUCUAAUAAUUCUGGAUGGUGUUUCCUUUACUGGUGAAACUUUGGCAGGUGUAAGAAGUUCUUGUCUUUCCUGUGGUAAUAAAUCUGUUUUGUCUUCCAUCGGAAAAUAUAUAAAUAGUCUUCUCAUCAAGUACCCUCCCGCUUGCCGUUCCGGCUUCUGUUUGUUGGAUCUUUUGGAACUGUCACUGCUUUGUGAUCCAAAUCCGAACUCGCCAGCAGAUUCUGAAGCAGCUCGGAUGUUUAGCGAAAACAAGCGUGAAUAUAACAGGAAGAAGAAGAUUGUCAAUUACUUGGGAAAAACGUUUUCAAGAUCAUAUAUCUUGGGUUUGCCUUUUGGGGAUUGCAAGUUUUUAUUAUGUGAUAUGCAACGUUGCCUUCACUUUGGCUUUGCAUCACAUCCAACAGCGCGUCACCCUCCGAACAAUAUAUAUGCACCUCUGGGUUAUUUGUUCGAGAGCAUUGAGUCAUGGAACUCUCCCAACAGCAAUGGGAUUAGUAUUGAGCUGCGCAGACAUUUCCUUCCAGAUCAUAUUCUCGCAGUAUUUACAAUACCAACUGUCUGGAAUAUUCUUGGACGAGAAACACAAUCUGUAAGAGGAACCAAGCAUGAAGAGCAUGUCAACAUUAGCCUCACCAGCAUCGUCACAAAUGCUCAAACCAAGUUUAAGCAUUUAGUGAUUCUAUUGCCAAAGGUGUUUGGCUCCUCAAGGCUGAAUCCAGAAGUAAGCAGAGCAGUCUCGAACAGCAAGAAGGCAGGUGUAUGA